AUGCAUCCCGAGGAGAUCGCUGAAUUCCCCGAAGAACCCCUCGAAGAAGAGUACAUUGAGUACUAUCCGUCGCAACAGGACGGCUACGAAACAUACGGAUCUGACCCUCAAUAUGCUCCAUCCCAUAAUGAUCAGGUGCAAUACGACGGUUACGAGGAUCCCACCCAGUUACAACCACAUAAUCAGAAGCCUACUCGUGCGCAGGGCUACUCAUACUACCCCGACGACGAGCAUGCAGCUCCGUCACAGCACGACCCCGGCGUCCCCGAUCGAAUUAGACUUAGACCAGUGUCCGAAUUGCCCGAUGUCUACCGAACGAUGUUCAAGUUUGGGGUCUUCAACGCCGUCCAGUCCACAUGCAUCGACCCUAUCAUGACCACCGACGAGAAUAUGGUCAUCAGCGGUAUGACGAGAUCGUCGGGCGCGCCAGACAUUUAUUCUUACUCCGUCCUUACAGCGCCUACCGGAAGUGGCAAGACCGUAUUGUUUGAGCUUGCCAUCAUCAAGAUGCUCAACGACAUGCGGAGCAAUGGCAGCAGCCUCAAGUGCGUCUACAUGGCGCCGACCAAGGCUCUUUGCUCUGAGCGUCAACGAGAUUGGUCGGCGAAGUUCGACCCUUUGGGGAUCAAGUGCUGCGAGUUGACUGGAGACACCGUCCUGUUCGGCAAGGGUGCUUGGGGUGAUGCUAAGCAUGCAACUAUCAUUAUCACAACGGGAGAGAAAUGGGAUAGCCUGACUCGCAAUUGGAGCGAACACGGCCAGGUCCUUUCGCAAAUCCAACUUUUCCUCGUCGACGAAGUCCACAUCCUCAACGAGUCGCGCGGCAGUACGCUCGAGGUCGUUAUUUCGCGCAUGAAAACGCGCGGAACGUCUGUGCGGUUCGUGAUGGUGUCCGCGACGGUGCCGAAUAUCCAGGACAUCGCGAACUGGGUCGGGAGUGCGAGGAACAGGGAGAAGCCGGCGAAGGUGUAUGAGUUUGGCGAGGAAUACCGCCCUUGCAAGUUGACACGCCACGUCGUGAGCGUGCCGCGUCAGAAGAAUAGUAACGACUUUCAGUUCGCCAAGAUCUUGGAUUACAAGCUGUUCGAGACGCUGCAAUUAUACUCGUCAGGGAAGCCGAUCCUUGUGUUUGUGGCGACGAGAAAAGGCGUCUUUGGCACUGCGGACCAGCUCAAAAAGGAUUAUGACGAGGCGAUGAAGAAGAAGCAGACUUUACCGUGGUCGAAGCCGCCGAGGUCAAAUUACGCGUUUAAUGACAAGCGCCUGGAAGAACUCGCGUUGUACGGCAUUGGCGUGCAUCACGCUGGCCUGGGGAUGGACGACCGGCGGGCAACGGAGGAGCUGUACCUGAAUAGGAAACUGCGGAUAGUGAUUGCGACGUCGACACUCGCUGUUGGUGUCAAUCUGCCCGCCCACACGGUGGUCAUUAAGGGCGUGCAUAUGUUCCAGAACAACAUGAUGAUAGAAUAUAGCGACCUGGACAUCGUGCAGAUGCUAGGACGAGCGGGUCGCCCUCAGUUCGACAAAGAAGGCGUCGCCAUCAUCCUCUGCGAGGAACAGCUCGAGGCGAAGUAUCGCGCCCUCGUCCAAGGCCGCACCAUCCUCGAAAGCUCCCUUCACCUCAACCUCUCUGAACACCUUAACUCUGAAAUCGGCCUCGGCACGAUCACCAACCUUGACUCCGCGAAGGGCUGGCUGCGCAACUCCUUCCUCUUCCAGCGCAUCCAGCGCAACCCAAACCACUACGCGCUAGGGAAGAGCGAGGAGCAGACGUGGGAAGAGCGGAUGGAUGAUCUGGUAAUUCAAAGUAUCGUGAAGCUGAAGGAGUCGGAGCUUGUUAGCUAUGAGGGGGAGGCGCCCGCCAUUGGGCAUUUGCAGUCGACGGAAUAUGGGGAUAUUAUGAGCAAGUUCUACAUUCGUCAGUCGACGAUGUGCUUGAUUCUAGCCAUGCCCGAGAAGCCAACGUUGCGUGAAGUGCUUCUGGGCAAGAUCAACCGCCAUAACGACUUGCGCUUCACCAUCAAGAAAGUGGAGAAGACUGCCGACAAGGCUUUCCUUCUGAUUCAGGCUGUACUCGGGGGGUUGCCGCUGAAUAGCCCAGAGUUCAAGAGCGCGGAUAGCCAACCUCAGCUAGAGGCGUUCGGCAUUUUCAAGCAUAUAGGCAGGAUCGCGAAAGCCGUUGUCGAGGUUGCUAUCGCAAGGCAGCGUGGUGCUCAGCUGAAGUAUGGGCUGGAGUUGAGUCGGUGCUUCAAUGCCAAGGCAUGGGAAGACCGUCCCAUUGUUCUGCGCCAGAUCGCCAAGAUUGGCGAGAAGUCGAUCAGCGUAUGGUCGUCUUCGCUGCCACAGUCAAACGUCCUCGCUGAGCACGGCAUAACGACUGUGCCUAAGCUUCGCAUGCAGAACCCUAUUCGCAUCGAGGCGCUGCUCAACCGUCGACCGCCGUUCGGGCACGAAGUCCUGGCCUUCGUCCACGAGAUGCCCCAGUACAGUCUCAACAUCAAGGAACUUCAGGUGCAUCCAGGAGGAGGCGACAGACCAGCGGCGGUGGAGGUUCUCGUUGAAUGCGGCGUCAUCGAGCCCCCGCAAACUAGCAGCAGCAACAAGAAGGCAAAACUGAAGGGCGGCACUUUCACUUCGGUUCUUACUAUGACUUCGAACGACGACUUCGUUGACUUCCGCCGGAUUCCUACGAAGUCGAUCGGCAGUUGCAAGUCGUUCGAGGUCACGGCGGAGCUGAUGAAGCCCAGUCAGAGCGUUGUUGUCUACAUCAGUUCGGACCAAAUGGUGGAGGACCUGGAAGCUAACCCGGACUUCUGGGAUAUGAUGGACGACGAAGCACCCACAAGCGACGAAAAGCCGUUCCCUCAGAGCGCUCCCGCCAAUCAUCGCACUGGCAAGACGAACGAGAAUAAGCCGCCUCCCGCCCCGAAGGCAGCGAAAGCUCGCCCUCAGGCGCCCGCCCCUUCGACAGACUCUGCGUUCGAGGAAAGGUGGCCUAGCUGCAACCACAAUUGCAAGGACAAGACGAAGUGUCGUCAUCUCUGCUGCCGCGAUGGGCUUCCCGCUCCACCCCUCGGACUGAGAAAGAGACCGUCAACCGGUAACGCUGAUCCCAAGUCGCCGGCGCCGACUCAAGCGAAGAUGCUCAAGAAGAAGACGCCGGUCAAAAAGAGCCCAGCGAAGCCAAGGGCAAAGCCUGACCGCCGCCUGCACGACCUCGACGAGCUACAUAGAAACGCGAAGGUAUCUGAGAACCUCGGCAUCGGCAACGGCAAGAGAAUCAAGAUCGACACGACACCGCUGAAGCUCUCCUCGCCUCAGAAGAUCAAGCCCGAACACGGUGGACGAUCCCCGCUGCUCGAGUUCAAGGAGCUUGAAGACGAUGACGACGACGAUCUCCCGGAUCCUCUCGAUAUCCUGCGAACUGUGCUGUCUAAGCAGGAAUCGUCGGAUGACUACUCGGACUCUGAGCUCGAUGCCCUGAUGCUAAAGAUACCCUCCGACGAGAUACCUACCUCCAGCGCACCUCCCGUUCGAGGCUCUUCAUCAAAGAAACGACCAAGUACUCCGGUUAGCCGCAACAACGUGAAGCGCGCGAAGGUGGAAAGAAAAUCCUUGUCUCCUGGUCCUUAUCACAACAAGGUCGAUGUGGAGCCAUUAUUCCUGGACGUACCUUCGUCUGAAGAGGACAAACCCAUCAUCGCGGAUCCUGUGCCUGCUUCCAAGAGGCGUCCUAAUUGCUCGCCCACCCCAUCGCCUACAACCGAUGCCCGAACCUAUGCUCCCACUGCUCAAAAUCCUGCUGGUGUUCCUUACAACGACUCACGUGCUACUUACGACGACAUUGCGACCUACGACGACGCCACUGCGUACGAUGACUCUGGAUACUUCGAAUCCCUCGCUAUGCCUCCUUCGCCGAUAUCCCUCUGCGACGUCGACAAGCCCAUGGAUUGCUCCUCCGUCAUCACAGCUGCGAGCGGACUCUCGCCCACUCCGUCGCGGAAGGCAGAGGAGACUUUAGCGAUGCAAGUGGAUGAGAUGGAUGAAUUCGAUGCGUGGCUGAAUAGCGGUGCAGUCGAAAUUGUAUAGUUGAUUCUGUCACUGCCAAAUGCCUACUCAUUCUACUG